GGGUUCGCUCCAUCUGGAUGCCGAGGACGGGGCGGGGCACGCAGGAAGCAUGUGGAUAUCACGACCUUUCUUUUCAGAAGCCACGAUGGGGAUCUAAGAUGUGUACGUUCUGGUACUGUGAUCGAGCUGACUGCCACCCAUCAUUCUGCCUCAUCCUCAUGGGUCCUGAGCUGCUCUGAGCUGCUCUGCUCUGUUCGGGGGAUCUUUUGCUCGGACUCUGGCAGUGGCCACCUCUGAGACGACUGCUGUUGCUGCUGUUGCUGAGCCUGUACUCUCUGCGCCACUCCACCCACUCGAGGCUCGAAAGCAGUAUCACGCCCUCCUGGUGGGGCACUUCGCUCUUGAUCCGUCUACUGUUUUUCUCUCGUUGUCCACCUGGUGAACGCUUCUUUUACCGAGCUUACUUAGUCCAAGAGGUAAAGUGUACCAUCGUCACUCAUCUCAUCCCGAUGGAUCCUUUCCUUUCCCUUCCCUUCCCUUCCCUUCCCGUUCUGUCCGUAAAUCUUGGGUGGGUUCGUGACCCUGAUGACUGCUCAGUUCCGAACACGCCAGGACAGAAUCUGAAAUGUCCUCUUCCCGGUCACCUAUCAGUAGUCACGGCUGACAAACAAAGUUGUGAGAUCUCCCUCAAACGCUUGAGCUCACUUUCGGGGAGGGACCACGGACGAGGAGUAAGUUGCAUUCCCUCGGACGUCACGUGUGUAGGUCAAGCAUAAGCUUAAGGCAAGAAGAGGAGCACGACCUUGUGCGCUUCCUGAGAUACCCAGUUUGCAUCUGAUCAGUGUCUGGGAAAGAAGGAUCUUCUAGCCGGAACAGGUGAAGUCUCGAGGAGAAAACAGAUGAAUCGAGUCACACGAAGAUCACAUCGUACACCUUUCUGUGAUCUGACUGGUUAAUUACUGUACCUCCAAAUUUUUGUAGCCGCCACACAUGUCCAUUACAGACUACACUGCAUUGCUUUGGACUCGUGCACCACAUCAUAGUGCACUGAACUCUUGAGGAGUUGCAAGGUCGUAGACGUCGGAGUUGGACAGGGAUUUACAGUUGUCCAUUUUAUUACGUGGUGAACCUCGUCGCACAUUAGGCUUGUUUCCAGGAGGUUGCGACCACAUAGCUUUCACUGCGAUUUCUCUGCCUGUUUGCAGUCGUUCUUACCAUUUGCAGCAGCUGCAGAAGUAGAGUAUCCUGGAGUCGAUUGAGGGGUUUCAGUAAUCUGAACUGACAUUGCAGCACAUCGCCUCUAGGUAUCUGCUCCAUCUGAGAGGUUGUGCAGACUCCAUAUCAGAUACGCAUUAAAGAGAAUGUUUUGCUUCCCGACUGCAACUCUGAACAGGUAGAGAAGCAAUGAUGCGACCAGCAUCAAUUCGUCACGGGAGAGAUGCUCUCCCAUACGACGAUCCGACAAUAUUAGCUGUUUUGUUUGCGUCCAUAUAGGCAAGGCAUGGGAGCACAGGUUUUUUCUUCUGAGUCCAGUAUGGCAAAGAUGCUCUCUCGGAAUCUCUGAUUUGACUCUCAUGACUUCGGCCUCUGCCUUGCACACACAUCAGCAUUAGCUGCUGGCCCAAUAUUGACCAGAUCGUCAGUGAUAUAUUUCUGGCCCGCCCUACUCAUGAGUCUACCAUAGCAGUUGAAAAUAACGAACAUUGCUUUGACUGCUUUCUGACAUCGACUUAUCGAAUGGAUUUAGGGAUCAUGAAGUUUCUAAAUUCGGCUCUCUCAGAUAAUUUCUCGGUUUAUGUCAGAAUGAUCUUUCAAACACAGUAAUGACAGAAUACUGAUACUCCUCCUUCAUCCUUCAACUCAUCCUUCCUUCUCACUACCGUACUUGAUCAUUUUUUCCUUUUGGUGACACCCCAAGAAGCAAGAUCAGUCCACCCGCC